AUUGUCUAUUCUUGUAAAUGACAGCUCGAAAAGCCAGCGAUAGUGACCUAAGGCGGAAUUAUUGCAUUUUGUAAAAACUUUCAUGUGCAAUUACUAUACAAACUUGAUUACAUCCAGCAAUCAUGAUGUCUACUACAGAAGGAGAUCUGGAUAUCGAAGUGUCCCACGAACUUGAAGACGGCGAGUUGGAAGACUCAGAUGUGGAAGAGGGCACUUACGUCCCUUUGGCGCGACCUGAAGCCUUCAACCCGCCGUCUCUCGUAAAUAUGCAGAUUCAGGAUGAACAAAGUGACGAAGAUUCAGUUCAAGAGUCGUCAGGAUCGGAAUCCGAUGAUGAACCUCAUCGGCGACCGAAACGAACUAAACUAAGACUGCGACCUCCACAACCGCAGACUCAGGCAGCAAAGAAGGACAAGUACAAUAUAUGGUGUAAAGCAUUGCAGGAAGAUCUUCUAACCGAGGAUAUGGUCACUUGUGAUUUAACAAAAAAGAGUAGAUAUGGCGUUGAAUCAUAUGACUACACAAUUAAGUAUAGAUUAAAUGAUGACUAUAUUUCCAAAAAAGUAUUUACAAAUAACUCUGAAUACAGGCCUAAGGAUCAAGCCACGAAUAAGAGAAGUAAUUCAGAUAGAGGCAAUGUAAAGUUAAGACUUGGCAAGAGGGUGAAUAGUGAACUGCCCUUGGAUGAGAAACAGGUUCCAAGAAUUUUACCAGAUUUACUCGUAUCAUUAGAAGACCCAACAGAACUAAUAGCUAAUGAAAUUGCAGAGAAGUUGACUGAAGAGAAAAAAGAUUUAGUUGGUAGGAUUGUUCAAGUCAUUGGUGCAAGCAAGGCUAUAGAUUUGUAUAAGGAGACACAAAAGAUUGAAGCAGAUGGGGGAAUGCUCGUAAUGAAUGGCACAAGAAGACGCACACCGGGUGGUAUUUAUUUCUUUUUAUUAAAAAGGGAUGAUGAUAUCUCGCAGAGUAUGAUAAAUCAGAUAUUCAAUGAAGAUCGAAAGGAAACUAAUCGCAAGAUUAAGAAAACACGAGCCAAGACUCGUCAAAAAGUAAUGGAACAGUUGAAACAGAGUCUCACAGAUUCAGAACUACCGUCGCUACUCUCUCGGGGCGAGGCGACAGUGCAGUCGGAACACGGCUCCAACCCGCCGCCGUCCCCCGCGACCGACGCCCGCGACGGCUCGAGCGACACUGACGCACACUCACACACAGAACUGCCCUCCUCCCCGCGGUCGCAGUCCCCUCUCCCCGACCGAAAGUCUCGCACCAUACAGGACUAUGAAGACGAUGACUUCUUAGAAGUGAUGUGCAACGAUGAUAUGGAGUUGUUCUAAUGAGGUGCUUCUCCUGGUGCUGUUUCUGCCUCUCCCUGUUAGACUAAUAGUAUGUAAUCUGUUUAUUACCUUAGAUAUAAUCUGAAAGUUUGUUGUCAAAUGUGUGGUGCGGCUUAUUGAAAAUCGUAGUGUGAAGUUCUGCAGCAUGCAUUCCCUUUUUGCAUCUAAAAUGUGGCUGUGAAUUUUUACACUCUUUACAAGAAUCGAAAAUAAAAUAUGCCUUGAAAAUUGUUACUGCUCUUUGUGUACUGUGUUUACUAGUAUAGCAAUUGGCACGUAUCUUGAGCAUUCGGCGACAAGUAGGGACAGUUUUGUACGAUGCAUGCAGAACUCGCAAAUAUUUUAGUUUGUGAUGCAUGUAAAGUGCACAUCAAUACUAUACAUAUUAAAAUAAAUGGGAAAAUGAUAGAAAAUAGUUUAAUAAAGAAAA